AUGCCAGACACCAACGGCUCUCUCGCACGCACAAACUUGAGGCUUCUCCAGGGUGGAGAGUACUCCGACGCCACGGUCAAGUGUGGCGACAGAACAAUGUCCACAAAGCUGUCAUCUGCUCUCGGUCUGUGUGGUUCCGGAAAGCUCUCGCAGGACCGUUCAAGGAAUCAUCGUCAGCAACUGUCGUCAUCGAAGAAAUGCAGCCAGAACGAGUCGAAUGGGUACUCAAAUGGAUCUAUGGCCAUGGUACGUCCUUUCAGCCUAGGCUCGCGGCCUGACAUCUGCCCUAGAGGUCUGGUCCUGACCAUCACAACAGAAUACGAUUUAGAAGAUCAUUCGGCCUGGGCGGACAACAUCUUCGUUGCAACGGCUCAAUCGUAUGCAGUGGCGGACUACUUUCUGCUCCGGAGACUAAAAGUCCAACUUACCGAAAACCUGAUCAAUGAGUCUUCAGAUAUCAUCGCUAUGUUUCAGAAGCGCCAUAAGGGUACUCAUGACGACAAAUGCAAGAAACUCUACGGCAAGAAUAUACUGUAUUCUCCUGGUCAAAGCAACGACUUUCUGCGGGAAGUUUACGUUGAGUUCGUAGUACGCGCAUGGUCGGUACUACAGCAGUAUCCUGAAUAUGCUGAAGGCAUCAAGCGGGAAGCUGCAUUCGGGGCUGACGUUCUCAUUGCUGUCGGUCGUGGUUACGCCGACUACGCAGCGCUCCCCCUAAUCAGGAGUUGUGAAGACUGCGGAACGGAUGUGUUUGAGAAUGGUAGACAUAUCGCGCGGCCCAUUCUUGCAGGCUCGAGGAUCUCCUGCAUCUGCAACGCAUGCUUCAAGUGGGAGUCUCGCUAG